AUGGCGCCCAGGUUCACAGUGACGCUGAAUGGCGGGAAGAAACAAGAAGGCUUCUUAUCUGCAUCCAUGCGAAAAGCACUUGGAGUUAACGCGGGAGGAGCGGGAAAGAACGCGAGCGGGAAGCAGCUUGCCAACAAUGAUCUGAGGUUGAAGCUGUCGGGGAACAAGAACAAGCCCAAAGCCCUGGUUUCUAAAUCUGCUCAAAGAGCGAUGCAAGUGGACCAAAAAACUGCUCAGUCUGAUGAGGAGGGCAAAUGGGUCAACGAUAUGUACUACAAGUCUGGUCAGUCAGACAUUGUCACCAAUGCAACUGUCAAUGCUGAUAGACCAGCAUCGUACCUUGUUCAUGCAACCAAUAGCAGGAAUAAGAAAGUGCUGUCCAAGCAGAUUGGCAGUGCUACGGGGAGAUUGCUUCACAAAGCAGGUGUUUUCCAAUCCAAGGAUGGGGGAGCAGAUGAUGAUGAAAUGAAAGUCGAGCAAUCAAGCUCGAAACCUUCUGCAGUGAAGAAGAAGGGACGAGGAGCUUUCACAUACCCAACCUAG